GCUCCCUUUGUGAAUGAAAACAACAAAAGCAUGAAUAUUGAAACAAGAAAAAUCAAUUGAAGUGUAACAGUCAUUGGUAUGAACCUCAAUUAUUCAAAAUUAUCUCUGCUGUGUGUACACAAGCGAGAAAUCAAACAGCUGCAAGAUCGUUCAUGAUCGGCCAAGAUCAGAAUGGAGAAAGUCAAACAGGAAUUCUUUAAGGAGUCACAGAUUUUUUCCCAUACUAUGAACGAUGAAGGGAUAGCUGUUAACCAAUUACGAGCAGAUUUGUAAGUUGGAUUCUGCAGUGAGUCAUUUUCCCCCUCAAAUCUGACAUGGCGAUGAUGAUAGAGAAUAAAUACACCCUUCGUUAACUAGAGCGAUGGCUACAGGAGAAACAACAGUCGGAGAAUUAAGCAGAGUCAACAAACCUACUAACUCCAUUCUCGAAGAGUUUUGUAACGAAACUACUGCACAUGGACUGGGACGAAUUUUACCUGUGAAAAAUAGAAUAAGAACAACCAUCUGGAGUGUUCUAUUCAUAGGGGCAUUUGUGGCAUUUACAUAUCAUUUCCAUGUCCUUUUUGGUAGACUUAGGACGAAUUCUCUCGUAACUGAAAUGGAGGUAGAAUCGAAAUUGAGCUUAGAUUUUCCAGCGAUAACCAUAUGCAAUGCAAAUAUCAUCAAGAACUCCUCCCUUUACAACCAAAAUAUAUCCAUAAAAGACCCAAAGAAUUGUCUCUUUUGGGAAAAUGUAUCCUACCAUGGAUACGACUCUGAAUUCUGGAGAGAAGAGAGCAUGCUGGCAUGUUUAGCUGAAUUAAAUAAGACAUUUCUCGCCAAACUGGGUCACCAGUUCAAGGACUUAGUAAGGUCUUGCACUUUCAGAGGGAUACCCUGCAGGGAAGAUGCCUCUUUGUGGACACACUUUUGGCAUUUCAAAUUUGGAAAUUGCUUCGUAUUUAAUUUAGGUGGAAAACAAAAGUCUUCAGUUCUUCACCAAACCAAACCUGGAAUAUCACAAGGGCUAAUGUUGGAGAUGAAUAUUCAGCAACAAGAGUACCUUGAUACCACAUCAGGUGCAGGAGUAAGAGUGGAUAUCUCAGAUCAGGGACAAAUGCCUUUUCCGCUGGAGAGUGGAGUUAGCUUGGCUCCAGGUUUCAGCACAAUGAUUGGUCUGAAGAAGACUAUCUUUGAACGAAUUGACCCCGCUAACGACGGUAAACGUUGUAGAGAAGGGGACAAAUUGACCGAGAAAAAUUUAUACACGGAAAUUUUGAACAUCUCUUACUCGACAAUGUCUUGCAGAGAAUCUUGCCUGGCCAGAAGUCAGUUAGUGAAAUGUGGAUGCAUGGAAUUCAGAUUUCCCACUCAAGAUUUGAAGAAAAUUUGUAAUUUAAUGAAUGAGACCCAACUGAGCUGUAUCUUUGGAAAACAACUCUCGUUUGAUGGAAACGGUGAUGAGUGCGCAGAGUCUUGUGUUCCACCUUGCAGGUCAGUGCAACUAAAAAAGAGUACCUCUUUAGAAGUUUGGCCAUCUGAGAAAUACAAGGAGACAGACAGUGAAUUCAAAUUCAGCGAGGAGGAUUUUGAUUCAAAAAAUAACCUGAGGCUGCACGUUUUCUAUCAAGAACUUGAAGAAGAAAUAAUUAAGGAGGCAAUAUCGUACACGAUUGAUGGCUUCAUUUCAGACAUUGGUGGUCAAUUGGGACUCUGGGUUGGAGUUUCUGUCCUGACUUUGGCUGAAUUCCUGGAGUUGAUAACAACGCUCUGCCGAUUUGCAUUUAAGAAAUACACAAAAAGAAAUGAAGUUGUUGUUACUCCCAAAACUUGAGCGAAAAUGUGAUCUAUCUCACGUUCGGAUUUUCUGUACAGCUUUUCAAUGGUCACGUUCCCUUUUCUAUAUUCUUGUUUGCUAAGUCUUACAUGUAAUUAUUUGGCGUGUUUAAUUAUUUAAGUACUGUUUUUGUAUACUUGUUAAUGAAUGUAUGAAUUCGACACUCGAUUUUAUCUUAAAACGAUGAAUAAUGGACGUCUGAGGAAAAGGACUGAGCAAAACGCAAGAACGUGUUUUUUUUUUUAUUUUGGCAACUACUAAGGUGACAUGUUCAUAAGUAAAUAAUGAUUAAGUUUCCUUAGUUAACCAAUCGAGCAAACCGCCUCCCGGUUAGCUCAAUUGGUUAGAGCGCUGGAUUGUUGUGCGGGAGGUCGAGGUCGAU